GCGCCGCCUCGGACGAGCUGCAGCCGGCCGGGGAGAGAGAAACAACCACGAGCAAACAUUACAGCCAACAAUAACUCAAAUAACGUGCCUUUGUGAAUGUAGCGCCCAGAACGAAAUCUCCAGGUCAAUUUGAUGGUCAUGAAAGGCCCUAAGGAUCAUGAGGACUGUUGGAUUUACAGACACUGGGAGGGCAGCCUGGGACCUCAUCGGGAGCUGAAGCACAGAUAAUAACUCCCAAAGUGGCCAGUAUUUUUCUAACUGGGUGAAGCUGGUGCUGCUACAUCAUCUAUCCAUCCAAGCGUCUGUGCUGGACAUGUUGCUAGAUAAGCCAUGAUCCCCAUCACUGAGCUGCGGUACUUUGUGGACACACAGCCAGCAUACCGCAUCCUGAAACCAUGGUGGGAUGUGUUCACCGACUACAUCUCCAUUGUCAUGCUCAUGAUUUCCGUGUUCGGGGGGACGCUGCAGAUCACCCAGGACAAGAUGAUCUGCCUUCCCUGCAAAUGGGUCGUCAAUGACACCUGCAGGAAAAAUUUCACCCCCAACUUUUCCACAUCAUUGUUCUUGGAACCCAAAGGGAUCCAGUAUGAUCUGGACCGCCACCAGUACAACUAUGUUGAUGCCGUGUGCUAUGAAAAUAGAUUGCACUGGUUUGCCAAGUAUUUCCCCUACCUAGUAUUACUACACACCCUUAUUUUUUUAGCUUGCAGCAACUUCUGGUUUAAGUUUCCUCGGACUAGUUCCAAGCUAGAGCACUUUGUAUCCAUUCUGCUGAAAUGCUUUGACUCUCCCUGGACAACGAGGGCUCUGUCGGAGACCGUGGUCGAAGAAAGUGAUCCAAAACCCAUGAAAAUGAACGGAUCCAUCAUGGACCAUAAAGAGUCUGUGAUAAGCGAGGACGUCGAAGCAAGUGUUCCAAUGCUGCAAAGGACAAAGACGCGCUUUGAGCAGGGCAUUGUGGAUAGAACAGAAACGGGAGUCUUGGACAAGAAGGAGGGCGAACAAGCAAAAGCCUUGUUUGAAAAAGUGAAAAAGUUUCGUAUUCACGUGGAAGAAGGAGACAUUGUAUACAGACUGUACAUUCGUCAGACCAUCAUCAAAGUAAUCAAGUUCAUUUUGAUAAUAUGCUACACAGGGUAUUAUGUGCACGACAUUAAAUUCAGUGUGGACUGUUCUGUAAAUAUAGAGAGCCUGACUGGCUACAGAGUUUACCGCUGCGCUCACCCGCUGGCUACACUUUUUAAAAUCCUAGCCUGCUUCUACAUAAGUCUAGUAGUGGUGUAUGGUUUGAUCUGCAUGUACACGCUCUGCUGGAUGCUGCGGCGCUCGCUAAAGAAGUACUCCUUUGAGUCGAUUCGUGAGGAGAGCAGCUACAGUGACAUCCCUGAUGUGAAGAAUGACUUUGCGUUCAUGUUGCACAUGAUAGAUCAGUAUGACCCUCUGUACUCUAAACGCUUUGCCGUGUUCCUCUCAGAGGUCAGUGAAAAUAAGCUGAGGCAGCUCAACCUCAACAACGAGUGGACGCUUGAUAAGCUCCGGCAGAGGAUCACCAAGAACUCUCAGGAGAAGUUGGAGUUGCACCUCUUCAUGUUGAGCGGCAUUCCCGAUACAGUGUUUGAUCUGAUGGAGCUGGAGGUCUUGAAACUGGAGCUCAUACCCGACGUGACUAUUCCACCCAUCAUCGCCCAGCUGGUCAACCUGCGCGAGAUGUGGCUUUAUCACACUCCAGCCAAAAUCGAAGCCCCAGCUUUGGCUUUUUUGCGUGAAAACCUGAAGUCACUGCACAUCAAGUUCACGGAUAUCAAAGAAAUCCCUUUAUGGAUCUACAGUUUGAAGAAUCUCAGUGAGCUCCAUCUGACGGGGAAUCUCAGCGCUGAAAACAACCGCUUCAUCGUCAUCGACGGGCUCCGGGAGCUCAAGAGGCUCAAAGUUCUCCGUCUGAAGAGCAAUCUCACCAAGCUACCUCAAGUGGUGACCGAUGUGGGCUUGCACCUCCAGAAGCUUUCUAUUAAUAAUGAAGGCACUAAGCUGAUGGUGCUCAACAGUCUGAAAAAGAUGGUGAACCUCACAGAACUGGAGCUCAUUCGCUGCGAUCUGGAGCGCAUACCGCAUUCAAUCUUCAGUCUGCACAACCUGCAGGAGAUCGAUCUGAAGGACAACAACCUGAAGACUAUUGAGGAGAUCAUCAGCUUCCAGCACCUUCACCGGCUAGUCUGCCUGAAGCUCUGGUACAACCAGAUCGCCUAUAUUCCUAUUCAGAUUGGCACUCUGACCAACCUGGAAAAGUUGUAUCUAAACAGAAACAAGAUUGAGAAGAUUCCCAGUCAGUUGUUUUACUGCCGCAAGCUGCGCAUCUUAGACUUGAGCCACAACAACCUCACUUACAUUCCAACUGACAUCGGUUUCCUCUAUAAUCUUCAGUACCUGGCGGUGACGGCCAAUAGGAUCGAGAGCCUGCCGAACGAGCUCUUCCAGUGCAAGAAGCUUCGCACUUUAAACUUGGGGAACAAUUGCUUGCAGUCUCUGCCGUCCCGUUUCGGAGAGCUGACUGCACUGACGCAGCUAGAGCUGCGGGGAAACCGGCUGGAGUGUCUGCCCGUGGAGCUGGGCGAGUGCCGGCAGCUGAAGAGAACUGGCCUGGUGGUCGAGGAGGACCUGUUCAACACGCUGCCCACCGAGGUCAAGGAGCAGCUGUGGAAAGCUGAUAAAGAACAGGCUUGAACAGGCGUGUGAGUAAAACAGAAGCUGACAAGCUGGUCAGGACACUGGAAGUACGUUCAUGCUGUCCCCGAGUGGAACCUGGAGCAGGACUCGGCCUUGCUGCAGGGCAGCGCCAGCAAGGCUGGGCAACAUGAACCCAAAGGCUGACUCUGCAGGCCGCUGGUUGUUUUUUUUUUAAUUAAUUUACAAAUGACAUCUCAGGCCUUUACAUCAGAACCCAGUAAUCUCGUUUUUUUUUUGGCAAUAAUGUAGCGGUGCCAUUGGGAUCCGGAUCAUGUGUUUACAAUUUAAUCUGCAGUUAGGCUCCUGUUUUAUCAAGAUUUUAUCGCAAAAAGCACCCGGCAUAUAUUGAUGUCAGAUUACAAAAUUCACACUAAAAGCCCAGGUUACAUAACUCUGAUUACAUCAAUCAAGAAAUACAAAAUCAGAAAACGGGGAGUCCUCGAGAGUGUAAUUAUUCUAGCUAACAAUUAAUUAAUUAUGACAUCCAGCUGGUAAUCUUCUAGCUCUUUACGGCACCACUGCAUCGGUGAGAAUGUUCUUAUCAGUUCUUCAUCAAUCAUUUGAUGCAUGGAUGGUAUCAAGGAUGUUCUCACAUGCUGAGCUAAAAGGGUUACCAAGGUUACAAAUGCAAAUGUGGUGGAGAUGGAGGAGUUGCUGAAUCGUUGCAGCGAUCUUACUUGUGAUCUUCGAGUGCGUGAUCCUGAGAUCAUCCGUGAGAAGCAAUUGUCACUCAUUUCUUGUACAUUAGUAAACUAUCUCUUCAGAAUACCUCACAGCGAGAACUCUGUUUGGUUUGAAUUGAUGGCCUUUACUGUUUUUAUGCGAUUGUACUCGCGUGCACGGAGCAAAACAAACAAAUCUGAGGCGAGAGAUGAGGAGGCUUUAAAUAAGAUCAGUCGUGAAAGUUAAUUUGAUGUUUAUACACAGUAACGCUGCGAUGGCAACAGCAUGAAAGCCGCUUAAUAUUGAUAAAAUGUCUGAAACAAAUGUUGAUGGUUUUGUGAAAUGCUUGAUGUGCUUAUUAGACGGGGAACCCUGUGUGUGUCUGGGUUACUGAGCGUCGUUGGCAACAAAUCACACACCCGCAAAUGAGUUUUCUGAGCCUCUGGCCUCAUGCUAGUUUAUUAUGACGCUGUAAUGAUGCGUCAACCUUGUUACUAUGUUCUGUUUUAACCUCGAUGAAUGGCGUUACAGGAAUCCCCUGCUCCGAGCAGAUGGCACCCCAUCUCCAAGAGUUAUUUUAAAUCUAAAAUAAUUAUGUUUAAAGUGAUAAAUAUUAGACUCGGUGAAAUGAGAUUAUGUACAUUUGAACUUUUGUUUUCUUCCGUAGAUAGCAAUUUGAGAUCAUGCGCUCACAAAAACAAGCUAUAUCUCUUUUUUUUGCUUUUUUUUUUUUUUUACAUAAAAAGGGAAAGUAAAUGUUAAGAAUAGAUUUUUGUUUUACAGACGAGAUGAGAGUUUUAUGAUUUUUUGAAAGGAUUUUCAGAUUUGUCGCCUUAACGUUUGUCUUCUCCCGUCAUCAUCGUGGAUUAUGCGUUUCACCCUCGUGGUUGCGUCUUCAGAGGUGAACAUCUCCACAGUCGUGUGUUGAUACCGUCGUCGUCCUUCAGCGUCCAAGCCGCCACGAAGCCUCAGCCGUCUGUGGGCCCGGCAGGACGCGCUUGCCGUCUGUCACGUCGCCGUGACUGAUCACCACCUGAACAUAGGUCAGCCGAGGCUGCCGUCAGCAGUCUCAAAGGGAUGGAUCUGGCGUCUCUUUGCUUUCCUAACUACAGUGCGUUUGAGGUGUUAAUUUUAUUUGUACAUAAACCACAGAGUGUAGGGUUAACUCUGCUAGUUUUGUAAUGUACUGCUGAUUUAGAAAAAAAGAAAGAAGAGAAAACGUGGGUUUGGGUGUGCUGUUCAUUGUUUUGAAAAUGCUCAGAAUUAAGUGUGUGUGCGUGUGUGAGAGAGAGAGAGAUUUCAACCCUUGUUUUUAUUUUUGUAGUCGAUGCUUAGCAGUGUUUUAUACUUUAAUCUUUGAAUUCUGACUAGAAGCGGGCUCUAAAUUCACACCUGCGAGGCAGUAAAAAUGUUUGAAUUAAAGCCUCAUUAGAUGUUUAUUUUUCUUUCUUUUCCUUUUAAAUUUUGUUUAUUUGUAGAGAAGCGUUUUCGUGGUUGUUUGCACUGGGGAAACUUCUCUGGACCGUUCUUUUUUUUUUUUUUUUUUUUUUAUAACUGAGCAAAGUGUUGCUAUUGAUGUGGAAUAAACUGAUGCUUGGCCCUGAGGAAAUGCAACACAUGAGAGGGUUUUUGUGUUUACCCUGAUUUAAAAAUUUAAAAAGAAAUCUAUUUUUCUUUUCCUACAGACCCAAACAUCAGAAAACAUGGAUAGAAGCAAUAAACAGUGUCAUUAUUUGACUGAAGAAUACAGAAGUAUUGUAAGCUAGGGGCAUCUGUUUCAGUAACAUGCCUCAACUAUGCUGCACAGUGCAAUAAAUGCUUUCAUUUAAGCUACACGAUUUCCUUUGUGAAUUGGCAUUACUUUUUCCCCAUUUGCUUGUUUUACUACUGUAAUCGUGAGAAUUUCAAUAGAGGAAAUGAUCCUAGAAACUGCUUUUGCACUACGGCACCUUUCCCAGAAGUUCCACUUAGGCUAAAGCAAAUAUUCCCCCCCCUGAUGGAUGCACAGUGCGUUUUUGUAUAUUUUUUCCCGUAUGGCAGCUGAGUGACCGCAAGCCACAAGACCAAACGCGUAUCUGCUCAGUAAUGAAUUGUUUUAUACCUUUAAGUGACACCUGGUGAGUUUUGAAUUGCACAGAGAAUAUGACAGCAAUACGUGUCACAUUCAGACAAUCAACGUUUUGUGAGUUUUUCCUUCACGACUCCAGAAAAAUAUUAGCUGUGGCGAAGCAGAAUAUAAAAUGUGUGGGUUGCAAGUAAAGUGUUAGUAUAUUGUGUAGGUUUUGUCACAGGCUUGUUAAACUCAUUUUUUUCUGUAUUUUCCCUUCUUUUCAAUAUUUAACUUUAUUUCUGCCGUGACAGCUAUAAGUAUUAUAGUACAACUGAAUUUCUCAGGAAACCAGUUAAUACUCACCUUUUUUUUGAGUUUAUUGCCUACUUUUUUAUGACACCUGUUCUUUGUAUUAAUUUAAACAGCUGUGAUGACAUUUUAUAUACAUUUAUACAUAUUAUUUUUUAGUUUUAAUAUUGAAGCUGGGUGUUUGAAUCUUGAACAGGAUGAGCCGUGUUUUUAAAGAUAAACCACCCGGUUUGAUGCCGGUUCUGUAUUUCAACCGUGAUCAUGUAUAAAUUGAUCCGUAUCGUCCUUGUGAACCACGUAGGUCAAGUGUGUGAGUGUGUGUUUGUAUGACGGGGCGUCCUCACCUCUUUCUUCCAGGUUUGUUCUGUCGUCUUAAAAGUCAUCAUUCUGGGUACAAAUUCAGUUAAAGUCAUGAGGGAUUCACAUUUUUCUUUUUGUGCUGUGUUUUUUUGCCAAAAUUAAAUGGACAACAGCGUAAUUGAUGCAGCCGUGUUUCAGUAUUCUGUUUGAACAUGUCUCGUCCUCUUGUGCACCAUCCACCGGAGAAAAUAAAAUAAAUCAUGUUGACCAAA